AUGCUAAACGGUUCUCAGCAACAAGAUCUUGAACGGACUACCGACGGGUCCCUCGUCUGGGGUGCAGCAUACCACAUCCCUGCCUCACACGCAGAGGAAGUCAGUGCAUACUUGGACGACCGAGAGAUAGAUGGCUACAGUGUACACUACACUCCCUUUUAUCCAUGCUCAAGUUCCAAGAAUGGUGAAGCCCAGUCUGCUGCUGGCUUGCAGUCGAGAGAAUGUCUGGUCUAUAUUGGGCUCCCGAGCAACACCCAGUUUGUGCGUGAACCAGCACUGCGCAAGCCGGAUGCCAUAGCAGAAGUGAUCUAUGCAAGCCGGGGCCAGAGUGGAGAGAACAAGGAUUAUCUCUAUUCGCUUGAGACUGCGCUCGAGGGCCUUGGACUGGGUUCUUCUGAUGUUCACGUCACAGACUUGGUGCGGCGCGUGAAGGCCCUGGAACAAAGCGGCUGA